GAAGACAUGGCGAUGGCGGGUUGGUUUGUUGUCUGGAGCUGGACAUUUCUUAUCUGCAUGUUGUUGUCGACGUCGGUUCAAGGCCGAAUCCAUCGCCUGAUCCUGAAGGAUGAUAUUAGGCAAAAGAUCCAUUUAAACACAUUUGGUUUCUUCAAGAAUGGAAAUAUGUCCAUGGAAAUGACCAGUUUGACAUCAAAAGGGGUUGACUUCAAAACUGUUGAUACCUCUGCACUGGGCCUUAGUUUGGACAAAACGAAAAAUGAUGGCUUCUCAUCCUAUUUGGAAGAAGAUAUUGAUUUUUGCUUCUUGAAGAAAAAGCCUCCAAAUAAUAUACCUAUAACACUUUUCCUUAUUGACUUUGGAAAACUUCAAGUUAAAGUUCUGACAUCUGGAAACAAUCAGCCAACAAUCAAUGUUGGAACUGCAGGAACCCAACCAGUCAAGGAUAAAAGCAGCAAGACAGAUGUGAAAUCACAGAGUGAGUCUAAGAAAGUAGGAGAACUCCAAAAAAAGAAUGAAACCAUAAAACAGUCUGAGCAAGUGCAAAAGGCAAAACCAAAAUCUGGAAGUGCUGUUGAACCAAAGGAUGAAACUAUUCCACUGCAGAAAAAAAAUCUAUCCUAUUCAUUCAUGUUCUCACUUACUAUUAACAGUGAAGAGGAGCAGGGACUUUACAGUCUGUACUUUCAUAAUUGCUACACUGAUGAAAAGCCAUCUCCGCAGUCUUUCCGGUUUGACAUGGAUAUUACAAUUGUGGAACAGAAUCCUGGCAGUUAUUUAUCUGCAGGAGAGAUCCCACUCCCCAAACUCUAUAUUUCUAUGGCUUUCUUCUUCUUUCUAGCUGGAAUUUUCUGGGUUUAUAUCCUCCGGAAGCGCAGCAGUGAUGUGUUUAAGAUCCAUUGGCUGAUGGGGGCGCUUGCAUUCACCAAAUCCUUGUCUCUUGUUUUCCAUGCUAUUGAUUAUCACUUUAUAUCAACUCAGGGUUAUCCCAUUGAAGGUUGGGCUGUGGUAUACUACAUAACUCACUUGUUGAAAGGUGCUCUGUUGUUCAUUACAAUUUCACUAAUCGGAACUGGCUGGGCCUUCGUUAAACACAUCCUGUCUGACAAAGACAAGAAAAUCUUUAUGAUAGUUAUUCCACUCCAGGUCCUUGCUAAUGUCGCUUACAUCAUUAUUGAAUCGACAGAAGAAGGAACGACAGAAUAUGGACUGUGGAAAGAGAUCCUCUUUCUUGUUGACCUCCUUUGUUGUGGUGCCAUCCUAUUCCCUGUUGUGUGGUCAAUUAGACAUUUGCAAGAAGCAUCAGCUACAGAUGGAAAAGCUGCAGUUAACUUGGCGAAACUGAAGCUAUUCAGACAUUAUUAUGUUAUGAUUGUGUGUUACAUUUAUUUUACGCGGAUCAUAGCAAUUCUGAUCAAAAUCAUUGUGCCUUUCCAGUGGAAAUGGCUGUAUCAGUUCCUAGAUGAACUUGCCACGCUUGUGUUCUUCUGUUUGACGGGAUAUAAGUUUCGACCAGCUUCAGACAAUCCCUACCUUCAACUACCUCAGAAUGAGGAAGAUGUAGAGAUGGAUGAAGUGGUGACUGCAACUGGAAUGAUGGAAGGAGUGAAAAAAGUUAACCAAACAUCGAAUUGCCCUACAGAGCAGAGAGGAGAACUGGACAGAGUGGCAUGACAAGCUGUCAACAGAGACACAAAGAGUAAUUUGAAUGCCCUGCCCUCUUCAAUCUGUAAUGGAUAUGCACAGAAACCACUUAAUUCAGGGCUCAAAGAAGUGCGUCUGCACCAAAUGAAGUUCAGUAUUUUGUUAAGAAAGACCAGAUUUUCCUGUGAAAUAUUUGCAAUUUUUCAAUUUUCUGGUAUACAGGACUCUGGUGCCAGCACUGCCCCAUCCUUUAAACCAGUUUAGCUUAAACAAGUCUAAAGCUUGUGAGGCUUUAUCUUUGUUCACUUAAUUUAAAUCACGAGUGUUCUCUGAUUCACUAAGAGCUAGUUCUUUUUCUGUCAUUAUGUUGAUACAAGUUUCCUCCAUUUCUUUGCACAUAAUUUAAGGGUCGAAGUAAAUCUAUGUUGUAACUCCACAGUCAUAAAUGCAAACUCUAAGCUGCAGCAGUCCGUCCAUUGAGGUUGUGAUGAAUUUAGUUUUUCUGAGUCAGACUUCUGACCUAAGAUACUGAAUGGAUUACAGUGACAAACUCAGUUGUCACCAGCAGGAGAGUGGAUGAGUCAUGUGACUCAGAUCAAAUGUGAAAGCUGAAAUCAAAUUUGAGGGGCAAGAAUCCAACUUGAGUUUGUUAGUCCUCUUAGACAAAAGUGUACCGUGAAAAACUAUUGAGUGGAACCUAUAUAUUUUUAGUUUAAUUUCGUAUUCCACCAAGUAAUAUAAUUUUAAAAUUAAAAUAGUUGACUGAAAAUGAAAAAUAUAACUUGUUGCUUUCACAGCAAUUCCUGGAUUCAGGGUGUAACUGAUCAGUAGUGUAGUGUCUGUUUGCUCUGUCUGGUGUGUGUUUUGAGCCAGGCACAUGGAGAAUAUCCAAGGUUUGAUCCUUGGUCUGAACUUAGCUGAUUUCAGCAGCUAGAAGUUGUCAAUCUGGCCUCAGCUGCCUUGGUCUUUGAAAUAAGGGGGAAAAUCGUCUCCAUUUUCCACUUUUAAUUGCUGUCUAAUGACUUCUAAUGUAAUGUAUGUAUGGGGAUGUGGAUCUCAGAUGAAGAAUGGCCACUUGUGUAAAUUAUUAGCGGCAAGCAGUACAAAUAGGGGCACCUUCAAUAGAAGAGAAAAUUUAUGAGAAAAACCAGUAUAAUAAUUUCAGCUAAUAUCUCCCGCAGUGCAGAGUAAUCAUCCAGCAGUUAAACAAGUGAGUUUCUCUCUGGAAUAGCAUGUAAAAGUAGGUGGUCUAAUUUGGUCAUAUUUUAAAUUUUAAAUUUUCUUCUGAAAUUGUAUUUAAAAUCAGGUGGCAUUUACUGCACUUUGUGACUCAGCUCCUUCACUCCUUCAGCUUCUGGUACUUGGCUGCUAUGUUGGUGUAUCUGUGCAGCUCUUGGAUUGCUAAGUAGUGUGUAGGAGUAACAUCGUGAGGCUGAGCUGUCAGAAAUAUGCUGCAGAGAGAAGUGCGGACUCAUUACAUUACAUUAGAAGGGCUAAUGUACGAGCUGCAAUGCCUUUGAAAGCUUUAUCACACAAGCAGCGAAAUCCUUAUGUGUUAUAAUCUACAAACUAAGAAGAUGGAAAUGAAAUGUUACUUUAUAAACCAAUGAGUCUUUUUGUCCUUUUCUUGUUUUAUUUUUGAAUUUUUUUUUGAAAAAUGUAUGGUUUUUGCUUUUUCUUUUCUGAAGAUUUUAACAUUGGUCUGACCACUUGCUGGCACCCUUCUUGAAGGUGCAUAACAGUGGCAGAUUUUCCAUGAUUCAGUCCAUCGCCCUCUUGAUCUCUUUUUUUUUGCACCAAUUGGUUCUUCGUGUAACGCAUAUCCUUGAAUGAUGCAGCUGCUUUCAGAAAUGUGAUUUCACUGGCAGGGGGAGCCAGGCACAGCAUUAAUUGCCACUGUUUGUUGCAGCGCAGUGGUGUAAGUGAAUAUUGAGCUUAUAAAUGUCUCUUUCUCUGAAGAUUUUAGGUUUAGAAUUCAUAUAGCAGCCAGGUUACUAGUUGUUUAAGUACACUACUCCUGCCCCAAAAAAACGUAAAAUCUCUUCUUUCAUCACACUGCACAAAGCACCCACAAACGAACUGGCAGUCAUUUUGCAAAACUUUUUUAGUUGUCUGUGAUGUUUUAAAAUGAGAAAGUAGAAUUUGUUCUGCUAUUGUAUGGUCUUUGAUCACAGAAAAGCAUUGCUAGAAAAAUGGACUUUUGUUUCUGUUACAGAAACGAAGUAACAUUCCUGUAUUUUAUUUUGAUCUCCCUUUUAUGUAUCUCAUUUUUGAACCCUAUCUGUGAAUGUUUUUUAUUAUUAUGAGUUUCAAGUACAUAAUGCAUUAAUGUAAGACAUUAGUGAGUCAUUGUAAUUCAGUGUGCACAGAGGAGGUUUAGAGCUUUUCUCUAUAUGAGCUGGAUUUAGUGAGAAUGCAACUAAACUGAACCAGGCCAGUAUAAACCUUGAUGAUGGAUAUUCCACAAAGCAACCUACACCUUAUUAUUCUUUGACUGAAUUAUUUCAAUAAUGUAAAUUGAUAAUUUUUAAGAAACAUUAAGGAAUGAUGCAUACCGGAAGAAAAUGGUUUCUAAAUCAAAAGAUUAAAUCUCUGUGGUACAGUCAGUAUUCGCUUGGUAUGGAACUGAGCCAGAUAGGGGCAAUUUUCACAUGAGAGGAGAUGCUAAGUGCUUUUCCGUGACCAAGACAGUCUGAACUUUAGUACUAAUUUACUGAAUUAGUUGCUCUCAAAUGGUGUAUUCUGAAUGCUGCAAGUAACAUUUCAGAUGCCUUAAAUGAGAAAAGACAGUUGGACCUUCUGAAGGAGUGUAUAUCUUUAGACUAAAUUGCCAUCAGGGAUACUGGAUAUGUUGACCUCAUUGCUAAUUAAUAGUUAAAAUGUCCACGUGAAGGUAGACCACCUGGACAGGUUACUGGAGAGUAACAGGUACCUAUUGGACUGGAUCAUAGCUAGAGUCUGUACCUUCAGAGAGAUAGGAAGCAAAUGGAAUAAUAAUUGCUGCUGGAAUAAUAAUUGCUGCUAGCACAGAUUGAAUUGUCUGCUAUUUGAAUUAAGUGUAUUAUCACAUGUACUCACAGUUUUAAAUGGUUAUCAUUUUUGCAAUUAAUAUUUAAUUCCAAAUUGUUCUGAUCAUCCUUUGUUGAUUUUUAGAUGUUCCCCCAUACAUGUGCACCAUCUUUGAAGUUUUUCUAAUUUGUCAUCUUAAUUUCUUCUGCAUGCUCACCUACUUCAUUUGUUGAAGUCAGUGUGAAUGAUAAACUUUGAAAUGCUUCACAAAGACGUGAUAAACCAGUGUGCUAAUUAUAAGUUGGUUUACAGAAUAUUCUGUAAAGAUUAAUAGAACAUUUGACGUCUUGAACAUAAUCCAUACCCACAAGUUUUCUGAAAAAAUGGCAAAUGAAAGCAUCUCCCAACAUUGCACUAUAUCGCACAUUCAACACCCCAGUCAGUGCUAUAUUUGCUGAUCUAAUUCAAGAGCUGUAUAGUUGGCCCUGGCAUUCCUAUGCACCUCUCCAAAGUGAAAAAGUACCCAAUGUUCCUCCUUUCGAGAAACGUUCAUUUUGUAUCAAUACUCUGUAAAGCUAAGUUCAUUAUUGGCUGUAAUAUAUGUAAUUGUCAAAAUCAGCAUACAUAUGCAUAGUAUCCGGUCACUCAAAUAGGGCAGUUGAUCUGUGAGAGCCGGAGCUUUCAGAAAGGUAGACAAGCAGGAGACUGGAAGAACACAGCAAGCCAGGCAGCAUCAGGAGGUGGAGAAGUUAUUAUUGUCAAUUUUAAGUAUAUAUUGCAUUAAUGUAAGAGAAGUUAUAACCGAAAUGUUUACUUCUCCUCCUCCUGAUGUUGCCUGACAUUCUGUGUUUUCCAACCUCUUGCUUGUCUACCUUGUAAUCUCGCAUCUUCCGUUUUGUUGUCUCUAAAGAACUUUCAGAAAAGCAGGCAAGAAAAUUGAAAAACAAAACAUCUCUAGGUACUGCAUGUUGAAAGCCCUUAUUUGUCACGUAUGAAAAAAGUAAUUUGUUAAAUAAAAUUGCCAGGGUUGCCUAGGUUGUUUCAGUCAGUCAUAGUAUCUAUCGAGGGGAAAAUCACAUCUCCCUGGAUAACUUAGAUUCUUUUUAAAAGAAUUUUUUUCUAUUUUUAUUAAGGAACUGUCUUUGAUCAGAUACUAAUAAGAGUUGAAGAAAUUUGACAAACUUCAUAAAUCAUUUGCUUCAUACUUGCAGUUUGUUUUUUUGGAGUCAGUUCAGAAUAAACAAUCAAAUACCACUCCCAUGACAAGACGGUGAUGAAUUAAUUGCUUGAACCAAUGUCACAAAUUGCAAUGGCAGUCUGAACUCCAUUAUGAUGAUGAUGUUGCUAUUGUAUUGUCUUGUUAAUAUUUUCCACUUCGUAGAAUUUGGAGAGAAGAACUAUUAACUAUCAAGUCUAGAAAAAGACAUAUUUUAAAUGGGCUUUUACAGUUGUUGUGGCAGUCAGGAACUUGAACCUUACCAACCAAAGCAAAGUGAUCACCAUGUACCAAAUUGUUUCCUCUCCAUUUUAGUGCUUUGGAUUGUUUUAUACUAAGGUAGAGAUGAUUAAUGAAAUUUGUGGACUUUAUGGCAAAGUGUUAUUUUAUGACUACAGUAUACAAAAAACAAUUUGGAACACAAACUGGCACUACUGUUUCUAAAGGACUCACUUUUUGAUACUUUUCCCUGACAAUUCAUUCAGCAUCACCUUUAGCAGCCUUAAUAUUCAAGCUAAAUCUCCGCUUAAAUCUAAUAGAAUCGUGCAAUUCUAGUGGUACAGAAUUUUCAGCACUUUAUUAGGUGUUCAGAACUGAUACAGCAGGUAACAUGUCUUUUAUUCUAUCAUUCUGUUGAAGGGCCACUGGAGUUGAAGCAUUAACUGUGUCUGUCUCUACAUUUGCUACCCGACCUGCUGGGUUUUCCCUGCAUUUUUUAUUUUAGAUUUCCAUUAUCUGUUUUUUUUUGUUUUUAUUUAUAUUACUCUCCUUUUUUUAUGUUGCAAAUUUGUUUUGUUCCAAACUGCUAAAUCAGCAUUAUUGUAUAUUGCAAAUAACAAACAAAGUAAGCUGCAUUAUGGACAGUGUCCUGAAUGACAAUUAAUGCUGACAAUUUGUAGCAAGGGUUCUACUUGUAGGUGCUACCAGGUGGUGUUGAAUAAUUGUUUUCUACAAUUGAUCUUGGUCUGGAAAUUGAUUUAGUGGUGUAUCGCAUCAGAAACCCUGUCAGGAUUAGAAGCUUGAAUGAGUAUUGAUCAAUAUUGAUAUUCUGAUAUGAGAUAUCCCUCAAUGGAAAUAAUAAAAUAUAAUAAAAACAUGAUUGCAUCUUGCUGUGGUAUCUCAUGUUAUCAACCAGUAAGAUCUGGCCGAGAUGUCUGAGACCAAAUGAAACUAUAGAUUCACACACUAGAGAAGAGAUACUUUGGCUAACCAAGUUUGUACUGCCAAAAAAAUAUACUACCUACCUACACUCGUCCAACUUUACCACACUAGGUCCCUGAAAUUAAAAUAUGACAUUUUAAGUACUCAUUCAAGUACUUUUUAAGAUUGAGAUUUCCAUUUCAUCCACCCUCCCAGGUAGUGGUUUCCAGACCCCCACCACUCUCUAGGGGAGAAGAUUCUUUCCUCAUAUUCCCUCUAAACCUUCUGCCUUUCCCUUCAAAAGUUAUACCCUCUUUUUAUUGGCCCUUCAGUGAUGGUUAUAUGUUAACUGAGGGAUAAUUGGAUGAGCACUUAAGUGAGUUAUAAAAGCAGAAUAUGGGAAGACUGAAAUCAGUGGUGGAAUUUUUGGAAUAACAGUAGAAAUAAAACAGAUUUGAAAAGUACAAAGUUGGACUCUGUCUAACCGUCAUUUAAUGUCUGAUGGCUAACAUUUCAAUGGUUAAGGUAAGAUCAAUUAUUUUGAAAUAUAUAUGAAGUAUGGCCACCCAGACCACCUCCCACAGAACUAUCUGAAUCAUUUACUGAUCGUGCUCAUUGUUGUGAAGCAAAGCAGAGAGAAAAAUUAAAGACAAUUAUAUAUAGAGAAUCAGUGUUUUAUCAAGUGUCUUUUUUUAUACAUCAGUGGUUAGCACUGCUGCCUCACAGCGCCAGAGACCUGGGUUCAAUUCCCACCUCAGGCAACUGACUGACUCUGUGGAGUUUGUACAUUCUCCCCGUGUCUGCGUGGGUUUCCUCCGGGUGCUCCCGAUUUCCUCCCACAGUCCAAAGAUGUGCAGGUUAGGUGAAUUGGCCAAGCUAAAUUGCCCGUAGUGUUAGGUGCAGGGGUAAAUAUAGGGGUAUGGGUGGGUGUGCUUCGGCAGGUUGGUGUGGACUUGUUGGGCCGAAGGGCCUGUUUCCACACAGUAACUAAUCUAUUCUAAUCUAAUCAAGUCCAUGAUUCCAAUAUCGAAUCCCAGAAAAUAUUGUUACAGAAACCUGGGUAGAUUCUUAGAUUGAAAUUCCUGAAUUAAAGAUGAUUUGUAGUGCCCUUUACUUUGAGCAAGGAAAAUAAGUGUGUUAGAGUUUGGUGAGACACAAUUAUGUUGACUGAACUGAAAGAAUUACAGAUGGUGGAAAUCAGAAAUGAAAACAGAAAUAGCUGGAAAAGCUCAGCAGUCUGGCAGCAUCUGUGGAGAGAAAGCAGUGUUAACAUUUUGGAUCCAGUAAUCCUUCCUCAGGACUGUUCUGGUUUUAUUACAUUAUAUUGAUAGUGCAAGAUAGUAAUAAAGACAAAGUUGGUGUAGAAAAGUGAAUAUUACAGUAUUAAUUAAUGCCAGAGCUGUAGGUGGUCAGCGACGUUGCAAGAGAAGUUGGGUUUCUUCAUUGAAAGUGGUAAUGAUUUGAAGAGAUUAUGAUCAGCUUAAUGCAAUAUAUUGCUUGUUUUAUCUUUGCCAAAUAAAUCGAUUUUUUGACUUAAACAUUUCUUAAGAAACCUAUUUAAAAGGAAUGUAGCACUCAGCUACAUUCCUUUUGGAAGGAUUAUUUACUGUAGAA